AUGUGGAAUAUUCUGCUGCUUUCUGCAUUAUCUUCGUUGUUUUUACAUAAAAAAAUAUAUGCGGCAGAUGGCAGAACAAAUCAAGCAUUUUUACAUUCCGAUCAUGCUCAAGUCAAACUUCUUUCUAGUUCAUUUAAAAAAUCAGAUAAAGAUACCUAUAAUUAUAGAAUGAUUGAACUUCCCAAUGGGCUUCAAGCUUUACUAAUUAGUGAUCCAACUGCCGGUAGUUCAGCAGCAUCAGUAGAUGUUGGAGUAGGUCAUUUUAGUGACCCAGAUGAAGUUCCCGGUCUUGCUCAUUUCUGUGAGCAUUUAUUGUUCAUGGGUACUAAGAAGUAUCCUGGAGAGAACGACUUCUCCUCUUUUUUAUCUGCACAUUCUGGCUACUAUAAUGCAUACACUUCAAUGGAAAAUACCAAUUAUUUCUUUCAAAUAAUACAUGAGAAUUUCGAAAAAGCACUUGACAUGUUUUCUCACUUUUUUAUUGAUCCACUGUUUUCUAGAAGCGCAGUCGAUCGCGAAGCGCGUGCUGUUGAUUCUGAAAAUAAAAAAAAUCUGCAAAGUGAUUUAUGGCGUCUUUUUCAAUUGGAAAAGUCUCUUUCGAAUCCCAAGUCUCCUUAUUCAAAGUUUGGGACAGGGACUUAUCAAACAUUAAUCACUGAGCCAAAAAAAAAAGGCUUGGAUGUUAUAGAAGUACUUCUCGAUUUCCAUGGAAAAUAUUAUUCUUCAAGAUUAAUGAAACUCGUUGUGUUUUCAAAAGAGACACUUGAUGAGCUUCAGGAUUUAGUCCUUAAAUAUUUUUCUGGUGUUCCUGAUAAUGGGUCUGAAAGGCCAGUUUUUAUAGAGAAGCCACUUACAAAAAAAGAGCUUUCUCAACAACGCUGGGCUAAACCAAUAGCUGAUAUGUUGUUAAUAGAACUUGUAUUUCCCAUUGAUGGUCUUUCGACUUUGUAUAAGACAGGAGCUUCAGAUUAUCUUGAAUAUUUGAUAGAGCAUAAGGCUUCUGGAUCUAUUUUUAGUUUAUUACAAACAAAAGGAUGGAUAACUGAUAUUGGUGUUUCUAAAGAAUAUAUAGUUUCAGGCGUAGAGUUUUUUAGGAUACAAUUAGAUCUCACUGAUGAUGGAUUUGAUAAUUAUGAAGAUGUAAUUGUCACAGUAUUCCAAUAUAUAGAAAUGAUUAAACAAUCAGGUAUUCCAAAAUGGGUUUACACUGAAUUAAAAUCAAUAUACGAUCUUGGAUUUCGUUUUAAAGAUCCUGAACCAUUGCAUCGUUAUGUUUCAUCAUUGUCUUCUCUUAUGCAAGAAAAACACAUAGCUCAUGAAGAUUUAUUAUCUUAUUUUAUUCCUCAGGAAUACAGUAAAAAUGAUAUCUUGAAAUUUCUUGGGUUUUUAACUCCAAAAAAUUUUAUACUCAAUAUUGUUAGUAAAACUCAUCCUGGUAAUUGGGAUAAAACAGAAAAAUGGUAUGGUACGCAAUAUAAAGUUGAGCCUUUAUCAGCAAACAUUACACAGAAACUUGCUAAUUUAUCCGAAAAUGAUUUAUUGAAAUUACCUAUUGAAAAUAAAUUUAUUCCAAAGACCUUUGUUAUAAAACCGAAAUUGGAUAAAAAACUCGAUAAACCUUAUCUUGUAUUUAAUAACACGCUUCUUCGUUUAUGGAUGAAAUGGGAUGAUACAUUUUCUUCUCCUAAAACAUAUUUAACGUUGGCUUUUCAAUCUCCUAAAUAUUACCUUACUUCUCGUCAUGCGGCAGAAACAGCUGUUUAUAUCGAUAUGAUUUAUGAUGAUCUUGGGGAUUUGCUUUAUUAUGCAGGUGUUGCGGGAAAUGAGCUUUAUAUAGAUGGUUAUAAUAUGGGGUUUUACUUGACUAUAUAUUGUUAUACCGAUAAAGUAUAUGAUUUGUUGUCAGCUUUUAUGGAUGCCAUGCUAGAAUAUUAUCCCAAUCCGAAUAAAUUUGAAUUUUACAAGAAUAAACUUAUGUCAAGGUAUAGUACUGAUAUUACUAUGCCUUAUAGAUAUUUGUUCUAUUAUGUUCGACAUCUCUAUAAUGACAAGUCAUGGGCAGAUUACAACAUCUUUUAUUCAUUGCAAACACUUACUUAUUCGGAUAUGAUAUCAUUUCGUAUAAUGCGCUUUUCUAGAGUUUUUGUAGAAGGGUUAGCACUUGGUGGUCUUUCUUUUGCUUUUCCAGGUUACGUUAAAUUUUUACUAAAUAGGCUUGGUCCUGUUCCAAUAUAUCCAUAUCAGAAUCUUCCAUCGCGAAUACAAAUGCUUGAUAAAGGAAGCAACUACAUUUAUGAAGUAGAUUUAGAGGAUCCUAAUGAAUUAAAUUCAGCUGUUCUUUAUUCUCUUCAACUUGGUAGUGCGGAAGAUUCAAAGUUAUUAGCAGCAUCUCAGUUUUUACUCCUUAUUGCUAAAGAUCCAGCCUUUACUCAAUUAAGAUCAAUAGAACAAUUAGGAUAUAUUGUUAAAACUGCUCUUGGUGAACAUUCACUUUACCUAGAUUAUCGAAUUAUGAUUCAAAGUUUAAGAGACCCUAUGUAUUUAGAACAACGAAUUAUUGCUUUUUUAUAUAAAUUAUCAGCAAUGAUAGAUGCUAUGACAGAAGAGGAAUUUAAAGCGCAUGUUAAAACUCUUAUUUCUUUAAAUCAGAGGAAUUAUCGAAGUUUAAGAAGUGAAGCACUUGAUUAUUGGACUUUUAUUCUUACAGGAACAUAUGAUUUUGAGCGGUAUUUAAGGGUUAACGAAGAACUAACCAAAUUAAAGAAACAAGAUUUAAUUGAUAUGUUUCGAAAAUAUAUUUAUCCUAUUUCUCCUGAUAGGAAAAAACUUUCUGUUCAUUUAAGGUCUAAAACUUUGGAAGAAGUUUCAGUUAGGGAUUUGUCUCUUGAAAGGCUGUAUUAUUUUUUCGAAUGUAAAAUGUUGAAAAUUCCAUAUAAUGACCUAGUCGCUCUACUAGAAUCAAGUAACAGGCUAUCAGAAUUUAAAUUAAAAUUACAGGUUUAUCUUAUUGAGAAAUAUCCAGAACAAAAUAUUCUCGAAUUUAUUGAAUAUGUUUUUGAAUUCCUUAAGAACCAAUACACGAGAAUUAAACAAAGAAUUAAAAAGAGUUAUGAUGCAAUACAUUUUUCAGACGUAACUGCGUUCAAGAGCAGUUUAAGAUUGUCAUCUCCUCCUUUCCCAUUAUCACCAUGGGAAAAAUUUUAUUAUAAGCGUCAGCCUACUGUUUUGGGAGCUGUAUAA